GUCAAGACUCUUUCUCAUGAGUGGUGCAAUAUUUAUGGAAGUCACUGCACUUGCUUUGCGGCAUCAAAACCUGCCAACAAAUAUUCUAACACUACUGGAAGACAACACAUGGUGGCAAAUGAUCGAAGAAUUGGAGUCACACUUAUUGCCAUUCAUGGCAAUACUUAAUCAUCUGCAACGUGAUGUUGCACAGUUAUCAGAUGUUCUUCACGCAUUUGCCUAUUUUAUGCAACUAUAUAAGCAUGGGCAAGACGAUUUUAGCAAAAAUAUGGUUCGUCGUCUAGAGUCUCGGUGGAGACAAUGGGAGCAACCGUUGCUCAUUAUAGCUUUCUUCCUCCAUCCCAAAUACCGCAACAGUGUCUUCAACAAUAGCCUUUCUCUAAACUUACCUCAAAUCGGCUUGUGGGUACAGUACUAUUAUAGAGAAUGGUUCAGGGCACGGCCGACCGUUAUCCUAGCAGAACUGUCAAGAUUUGUCAAUCGAGAGUAUCCGUUCGAUGAUGACACUGCAUCAAACUUCGAUGACAUUCAAGAGUAUUGGAAGUUUACGAUAGGAGCAACAAAAGAGUUGAGCAUUCUUGCAGUCCGCGUAUUUUCAAUUUGUGUAAAUUCUGCGUCAUGUGAACGCUUGUUUUCUUCGAUGGACUUUAUACACUCAGCACGACGAAAUAGAUUGCAGCUCGGAAAGGUUUUUUCGAUGGCACAGAUGCGGGCUGAAAUAAUCUAUAAUCGUACGGUUAAGAUGUCACGAGAAUUGGAACAGCACAUACAUGCAAAUACGAUCAUACACAACAAUGAAUCUUGUCAAGAAGGCUCCGCUGAAAUCUCUCCUGAAGAUGAAGUAAUAGAGAUUGGUGACGAUAAUGAAGAGACAACUGUCAGUGACAGUUGUGAAUAUGAUGUAAACGCAAAUCCUGACGCAGAUAACGAAUGGAAUACCGUUCUGAGCAACUGGUCAGAAGACCUUGCGACUGAAUAUGAUGAAGGUCUUGUGUCUGAAAGUCUGACAUCUGCGGAUCCGUCAGAACGUCUAGCCCAUCCUGCAGAUAAUUCAAGUGCAAAAUGGUGUCUCGCUGACUUAUUCAUUGUCGAAUUGCCAGUGCCGUCAGCGGUAAACAGUCUUCAACUAGUCUACAAUAUGGAAUAA